AAGAAGAAGGCGGAUGUUACGUCAUCAUGUUUACAUCGUUAUUUCCCGUCGUCAGUAAACCGAGGGUUUAACCAAUUCAGAAGAAUUUGCCUUUGAAUUCACUGAAUUACCCGCAGAGCAUAGGCAUUGGGCGUAGUUGUCGUAUAUAAAUGGGUGCUCACGGGGUUUUGGGCAACGAGCCCGAGUCUAUUGACUACUCGGUGCACGAAGCCUGGAACGAGGCCACCAAUGUUUACCUGCUGGUUAUUCUAGUGAGCUUCGGCCUGCUGAUGUACGCCAGAAAAAACAAGAGGAAGAUCAUGCGUAUCUUCACUCUGCCUCCCACCGUCGGCACCAACCCUGAGCCCAACUUCUACGACAGCCUGCAGAAGGUCCGUCUGCGACAGCAGCUGGAGAUGUACUCUCUGGCCAGGAAAUUUGAGCAGCAGCAGGGCCAGAUGGACAGUGUGCAGCUCUCCAUGGAAUGAGAGGAGGAAAGAAGUCAUCCCUUUCUGUCAGAGCAAACACUCCUGCGCCUUCUAGCCCUCUGCACAUGGAUAGGAAAGGACUUGGGUGGUUGUCAUGAUCAAAGAUUGUUCAAGAGCUGCAUCUCCUAUCCUGUUACAGCUGGACGAAUGGAGAAGCAAAGAGCAAAGGGGAAUGUUGGAUCGUACAAGUUUGCUUUAUGGCCUCCAGCAGAGACUCCAUGUUGAGGAAUGACAAAUGUGCCCCUGCAGAUGUCCCUGAAAUGCUUUCAGUCAUGGUUUGAGACUUAAAAUAACAACAACAAAAAACUCUGCCAUGAAGCAUUUCGUGUACAUAGAACAGGAUUCUUUUAAACUUAACAUAGAUUCUAGUUGGUUUCCAUUUGUUUUUUGUACUCAUUUUUUAUGUUUUUGUCAGCUAAAAUGAAAAUUCUCUAAUGUGAAAAUAAAGGAACAUAAACCUAAGUUUAGGUUUACCUUAGCAAGUUCACAUUUUGGUGAUCAGAACUGAA